UAUUGUAACGACAAAUAACACACAUUUAGUUAACAACGAAUAAAGAUUUAUUUCACACAUACAACUAUUUAUUGAAUAAUUAAGCGUAUAACGCGAUUAUAAAUUAUGAGUCCCGCGAAAGGGUCUUCCUUUCAAUACGAUCCAAAAUCGACUGACUAUUGACGCCAACUUCCCCUAGAUCUCCUAAUCUGUUAAGAGGGGCGCGCUAUCCCUUUUCCUCGUCACCCCUAUCGCUCCAUCCUUCUCCCUGGACGAUUUGGCGGCAGCUCCCCGGAAAACCUAGAUAACGACGCUGACAAUCGGGCCUUUAGGCGGCACAAACAUGCGCAGAUCCUCACGCAGAAAAACUGCCAGAACACAUGUUCAUGGCACGUUGACACGAAAAACUAAACAGCUGAUAGAUCAAGAGGGGCGAAAACGCUGACAGAUACCAACCAAUAUAAGUAACGAUUUACAUCGUUACAAUUUUUAAAAAUUGUAUGUGCUAAAUUUGUUGAUCUUCAUUUAUACAAUGUUGCUUUACUACUGACAGUGUGCAGCGCACGAGGAAGUUAAAAUGGUAUAGUGUCUGCUUAUUACGUCUUACGUCAUCCACAAACAUACUCACAUACACAAAGAUAAAAUUCUCAAAGACAAAUCGAUUUUAGAAGUGUUAUUAAUGUCAAUCAUGUAUAAUAUAUUUUUAUCACUUACCGUACUUUUUUUUAUCUGUUUCCGAUUAAAGUUCAAAAUAAUUAAAUAAAUGGAACUAAGUUCAUUUCCUGAUAACAAUCUGAAGAAUAGAAGUUAAGAACGAAGAAAGUGGUUUCAGCAUUACUGCCCGAAGUGUCGAUUGCAACUAUUGCUUCUACGUGAGAUUCAUCGAUCGGGUUAAUAAAUAGAAUCUCAGAAAAAAGCGAAAAAAUAUGUUCUUUCGGCGUCAAUUCGAACUUGGAGAAGAAUUAGAUGAAAUUAUUAUCUAUAGAUGAGAUGAUAAAUGAUAUAACUUCUACUGAAUCUUCGAAUAAGUGUCCAAUCAUGAAGGAUGGGUGUUUGUUGCGGAGCUGCUCCUGGAGGAGAUCUUGUAUAGCUGAGUCGCAGUUCAAUACAGUUGGUCCAGUAGCAGAAAGAUUUGUCCAUUUCAAGAGAGGAUAUGCUGUCAUCGUAUCAUACACGGCGCAGGAAUUCCCCCAUUUAGGUAUAAAAGAAGGAAGUCCUUUUAUAAAAAGGAUAUGGUGUCAUCGUAUCUCUGACGCUACGCAGAAAUCCCCCCAUACAGGUCCAUUCCAAUUUUCUAAAUAUCAAAAGACUGGGAAGGAUGUGGAAGAAGAAAAGUGGCCCCUGCAUACAUUUUUUUUAUAAAAUUUUUUUUUCUUUUUUCUUAUUUUUUUAUAAUAUUUUUUUUUGAGCUCCCGGCCUCACGCAGAAGUGCGAGCAAGAAAGAGGGAUCCUCGGGAGCUGGCCCUGAAGCGCUCGAGAGUGGCAAUGACGUUAUUGUCCCGACGAGGGAUGAUUCGCCGAUCGGUGAGUCGUUUUUUAUUUAAUCCCUUCCCUGUUUAAAACAGUUUUUUUUUAUAAAUUCAAUUAAAAUAGACUUAUUAAUUAUAAAUUAAAAAUUCAUUUUUUUGAUAUUCAAAAUUUGUAAAUUUUUCGAAUUUUCUUGACUUUUAUCAUUUUUUUGAAUCAAUACAUUAUAUUGAUCUAGAUAAAAUAUAAAAAUUUUAAAAACAGGGAAGGAUUCUGACAACAUGGUGACACCAUUGACAAAAAUUAUUUUUUAGUAUUUUUUAGGGGUAAUCUAACAAAAUGAUGUGAUAUUUUUGGAAAUUUAGUCCCUUAAAAUUUCUAACACUCCCCAUAUCCUAAAGUAUUACAUAUUUUGUGGAUUAUUACCU